AUGGUCUUACCUCACGAACCAGAAUUUCAACAAGCUUACAAUGAAUUAGUUUCUGCUUUAGAAGACUCUACUUUAUUUACCGAAAAACCAGAAUACAAGAAGGUUAUUCCAGUUGUCUCGGUCCCAGAAAGAAUUAUCCAAUUCAGAGUUGCAUGGGAAAACGACAACGGUGAUGUUGAGGUCAACAACGGUUACAGAGUGCAAUUCAACUCGGCCUUAGGUCCAUUCAAGGGUGGUUUAAGAUUCCAUCCAUCUGUCAACUUGUCUAUUUUGAAGUUUUUGGGUUUCGAACAAAUCUUCAAGAACGCUUUGACCGGUUUAUCCAUGGGUGGUGGUAAAGGUGGUUGUGACUUCAACCCAAAGGGUAGAACCGACUCUGAAAUCAGAAGAUUCUGUGUUGCUUUCAUGAGACAAUUAGCCAGAUACAUUGGCAGUGACACCGAUGUUCCAGCUGGUGAUAUUGGUGUUGGUAGCCGUGAAGUUGGUUACAUGUUCGGUGCUUACAAGCAAAUGCAAAACAACUGGUCUGGUAUUUUGACCGGUAAGGGUUUAAGCUGGGGUGGUUCUUUAAUCCGUCCUGAAGCUACCGGUUACGGUGUUGUCUACUUCGUUGAAAAGAUGAUUGAAAAGGCCACUGGAGGUAAGGAAUCCUUCAAGGGUAAGAGAGUUGCCAUCUCUGGUUCAGGUAACGUUGCUCAAUACGCCGCCUUAAAGGUUAUUGAGUUAGGUUCUACCGUUGUUUCCUUAUCCGACUCUAAGGGUUGUAUCAUCUCCCAAACUGGUAUUACUCCAGAUCAAAUCAAGGCCAUCGCUGCAGCUAAGAUACACUUCAAGACUUUGGAAGAAAUUACCAAGGAGUCCGCAUCGCUCUUCUCCGGCUCUAACGAAGUUCAAUACAUUGCUGGUGUUCGUCCAUGGACCCACUGUGGCCAAGUUGACGUUGCUUUACCAUCUGCUACUCAAAAUGAAGUUUCUGGUGAAGAAGCAAAGGCUUUAGUUGAAGCUGGCUGUAAGUUCAUCGCUGAAGGUUCCAAUAUGGGUUCUACCAAGGAAGCUAUCGAUGUUUUUGAAGCCAACAGAUCUAAGGCUGUAUGGUACGCUCCAGGUAAGGCUGCCAACUGUGGUGGUGUUGCUGUCUCUGGUUUAGAAAUGGCACAAAACUCUCAAAGAGUUACUUGGGCUGCUGAAGAAGUCGACGAAAAGUUGAAGAACAUUAUGUACACUUGUUUCGAUAACUGUUACGCUAAUGCUGCUAAAUACUCUGCUGAAAAGGAUGCAGAAAAUUUACCAUCUUUAUUAAAGGGUGCUAACAUCACUGGUUUCAUCAAGGUCGCCGAUGCUAUGUUUGACCAAGGUGAAGUCUUUUAA